CGUUCCACAUCCGGGUCACUGGCUCGCUGUUCGUCUGCCUGCUCCUCCGUUCUCCCUCGCAGUAUGAGGUAGAAUUUCGCUGUUCUGUCAGUGAAGCGACGGACAGGCGGCGGCUGCAGCUGGUGCUGCUCCUCCUCCUCCUCGACUCGUUCUAUCAACGGGAGUCUUCGGCGCGGAGCGAACGACCGCACAGCAGCAGCAGCAGCAGCAGGAGAGUAGAGACACUGACUGUAAGACUAAGAGUGUGUGGCGGCGGCGGCGGCCUCAUGCAGGAACAUUCCGAUUCGUGGUUGUUUGAGGCGUCAGCAGCAGAAUCAUCAUCAUCAUCAUCAUCAUCAUGUCCAAGAGCCUGAAGAAGAAGAGCCACUGGACGAACAAGGUGCACGAGAUCGUGCUGAAGCGCAACAAGGAGGGCGAGCUGGGCUUCGAGGUGCGCGGCUGUGCGGAGAACGGCCAGUUCCCGCAUGUGGGCGAGCUGAGGCACGGAAAGCUGCCGGUCUGCGAGAGCGGCCGCUUGUGUCCCGACGAGCUCCUGCUCGAGGUCAACGAGACUCCGGUGGCCGGACUCACCACGAGGGACGUGCUGGCCGUGGUGAAGCACUGCAGGGAGCCCGUGCGCCUCAAGUGCGUCCGACAAGGGGGCGUCAUCGACAAAGACCUCCGGCACUAUCUCAACCUUCGUUUCCCAAAGGGCUCCGUGGAUCAUGACCUCCAGCAGACCAUUCGAGACAAUUUGUACCUGCGGACUGUGCCAUGCACCACAAGGCAACCCAAAGAGGGGGAAGUGGCAGGGGUGGACUAUAACUUUUUAACAGUUGACCGUUUUAUGGAAUUGGAGAGAAGCGGAGCUUUACUGGAGAGUGGAACGUAUGAAGAUAACUACUACGGAACGCCCAAGCCCCCAGCGGAACCCACGUUGCUGCUUAAUGUAACAGACCAGAUAUUGCCUGGUGCUCGACCGAGUUCUGAAGGAAAGAGGAAACGCAACAAGUCUGUGAGCAACAUGGAGAAAACCAGUAUUGAGCCCCUAGAGGAGGAGGGGGAAGAGGAAGAAGAGGAGAGGCCCAUUGUCAAUGGCAACAGUGUGGCCAUCACCCCAGAAGCGAGCGAACAUGAAGAGAAAAGCACCAGUGCCUCUGGAGAAACAGCAGCGGAGCCCCAUCCUGCUGUAACAUCCAGCAUCACACCCAUAGAAAGCACCAUGAAAGAGGAAGAGCCCCCAGUGUCACCCUCCAAAGCUGAGAAAAGUGACGAUCUUGGGCCACUACCAGAAAACUGGGAAAUGGCCUACACUGAAAAGGGAGAGGUCUACUUUAUCGACCACAACACCAAAACAACCUCGUGGCUUGAUCCACGCCUUGCAAAGAAGGCAAAACCGCCAGAAGAAUGCAAAGAAGAUGAACUUCCUUAUGGCUGGGAAAAGAUCGAUGACCCUGUUUACGGCAGUUAUUACGUUGACCACAUAAACCGGAGGACACAGUUUGAGAAUCCUGUCUUGGAGGCCAGACACCGAAUCCAGCAGCAGCAGCAGCAGAUGCAUAGCCAAGACGUUCCAUCACUCCAAGUGGCAGUACCCCUCAGGGAGAAGCCCCUGUUCACACGUGACCCCUCGCAGCUGAAGGGCACAUUCCUGUCCACCACACUGUCCAAGAGCAACAUGGGCUUUGGCUUCACCAUCAUUGGAGGGGACGAGCCUGAUGAGUUCUUGCAAGUGAAGAGCGUCAUCCCAGAAGGCCCCGCUGCACAGGAUGGAAAGAUGGAUACAGGUGAUGUCAUCGUCUACAUCAACGAUGUCUGUGUCCUGGGUACUACUCAUGCCGAUGUGGUCAAGCUCUUCCAGUCAGUGCCAAUUGGUCAAAGUGUGAGCCUGGUGCUGUGCCGUGGAUACCCUUUGCCCUAUGACCCUGAGGACGCUGCAAGCAGCGUGCUCCCUCCUAUGGGAUUGAUGGUAAAUGGCAGGAGUAAUUAUAGUAACUAUAUGGAGUACCUUUCACGGACCACCCAACUGAUGCAGGGACAUGGUGACCAGCCCAUUCCCCAGCUUGGUGAUCCCCAGGGCCUACAUGAUGACGUCUCCAUGGUAUCAUCAGGGGCAACCCAGGGUGAAAUCCUCACAGUCUCCAUGGUAAAGGGUGACGGAGGCUUUGGGUUUACCCUGGUGGACAGCAGCGCAGGCCAGCGUGUGGAGCGUGUGCUGGACCCCCAGGGCUGCCCAGGCUUGCUGGAGGGAGACCUCCUCCUGGAGAUCAACCAGCAGGGUGUCCAGGGCCUCAACCACACUCAGGUUGUAGAGCUGCUGAAAGACUGUGCCGUGGGAGCCGAGGCUACCCUUGUCAUCCAGAGGGGAGGGGCAGGUCAGUCUUCACCCUGGAAGACCUCUAAACAGGUGCUCGGACAGUGGCAGCUUCAGAGCAGUCCCCGGGUUAACCUUUCAGGUCCUGCUGCCCUUCAUUGUGCCCCCCAUGCCAUACAGCACCCCCAUGGGGCCUCUGGGCCAGAUUCUGCAGAAGGAAUGGAUCUGGCUAUGCCUGACCCCUACGACCUCUAUGAGAAGUCCCGAGCUAUCUACGAAAGUGGACGGCCGGAUUACCAGGAGCUGGAGGUUCACCUGCACAGGGAGGCAAACGGAUUUGGCUUUCGGAUCCUAGGAGGAGAUGAGGCCGUACAACCCAUCCUCAUCGGAGCGGUUAUCGAGCAGAGCCCGGCGGACCGCGAUGGACGGCUGCGACCCGGCGAUGAGCUGGUGGGGGUGGACGGAGUGACGGUAGCGGGACGAGCGCACAGGCACGUCAUCGACCUGAUGCACGCUGCGGCCCGCAACGGGGAGGUGCGCCUCACCGUCAGGAGAAGAUUGCAAAGCGCAGCUGAACGGUGUCCGGAGAACGGCGCCAGUCCGGGAGCCCCGUCCGCGCGGCACGGCUCCUCCAAGGGCGACUCGUGCGCGUUAGCCGGUCAACGUGCCGCCGCCCCGCUUGCCGUCCCAACCUCCUCCUCCCCCACAGAAGAAGCGACGUCCUGCGGCCUGCAGAGCGCCGAAGUCGUCAUUCAGCGCAAGGAGAAUGAAGGCUUUGGCUUCGUCAUCAUCAGCUCGCUGACGCGACCCGAGUGCAGCUCUAUCACUGUGCCCCACAAGAUCGGCCGUAUCAUUGAUGGCAGCCCUGCAGACCGCUGCGGGAAGUUAAAGGUGGGCGAUCGCAUCCUUGCGGUGAAUGGCCAGUCCAUUAUCGACAUGCCACAUGCUGACAUCGUUAAACUUAUCAAGGACGCUGGACUUAGCGUCACGCUGCGCCUCAUUCCGCAGGAAGAGCUCAACAGCCCACACUCAGCAUCCGGUUCAGAGAAGCAGAGCCCAAUGACGCGGCAGGACAGCCCUGUGAACGAGCCCGGCGCCGCAGUCCAGCCGCCUCACGCCACUCAGCUUGUAGUCCAAGCGGCGAACCAGCCGCUGCUCCAGCCGGUCUCCCCGGCAGCCCAACUCUACAGCCACGACAGCAGGUCUGAGGUGAAGGCGCGGCAGGAUGUGAAGCCUGACAUACAGCAGGCCUUGUUUACGGACUACCGACAGCCUCCUGUGGACUACAGACACCCUCCUGCGCUGGAUUACCGACAGCCGCCUCUCGCCGCCGACUACAGACUGCAGCUGUCCCCUGAUUCUCGAGAGUUUCCGGUUACAGACUACAGACAACCACAAGCCUUUAACUAUUUCACUGUGGAGCUGGAAAAGAGCACAAAGGGCUUUGGGUUCAGCAUUCGUGGAGGGAGGGAAUAUCAGAUGGACCUGUUUGUCCUACGGCUCGCAGAAGACGGUGCUGCAACUCGUAAUGGGAGAAUGAGGGUGGGGGACCAGAUCAUCGAGAUCAACGGGGAAAGCACAAGGGACAUGACCCACGGCCGCGCCAUCGAGCUCAUCAGGGCCGGGGGUCGUCGAGUGCGACUGCUGUUGAAGAGGGGCACGGGGCAGGUCCCCGAGCACGAUAGUCCCACCCCCAGGGAUGCUGGGCCUACAGCCUCCCCAAGUGUGUCGGAAGUAGCUUCACCCCUCGGAACUGUGGUUAUGCCAUUGCCUUCAUCUCACGUGGCCCCGCCCCCUGCCCCCCCCCAACUGCUUUCUCCAGAGGAGGCACAGGAGACAACGCGCACCAGCAGGCCGGGACGCGACCGCAGCCUCGACAAAGAAAGCUUGCUCGGAUGCGGCUGGCCUGGCCUGGGGCCAAAGUUGUCGAAACUAAGCGGAAGCAGCUUUGUCAGCGGGCAAGGCUAAGAAACUUCGAGUGGCAGGUCCACUCGUCAUGACAGCGACGCGAGGCGGUACCGUGACGGAAGCGAGCCCAAAAAUCACGAUGAUCAUAAAGCGCGAGCCCUGUCGAACGCACGAGGACGUGGGCCAACGAAGUGGCGGGAACAUAGAGCAGCAUCACCUCUUGAGCAAAUGGACACGGCAUGAAUGAGGACCGAUGGACGUGAACAACAGGCCACGGGUUGAAAUUCCCUUAGGAAAGGCUUGCUUACGGCGCAGUUUCACCCAUCAGCCUUUCUUCUCUGUCGCAGACAAGCGGAUCCGGUAACAGGAGAAGUGGGAAGUGUUGACUGCAAGGAGGCGACGAGGCGUCCAGUGAGGCAGCGGCGCUUGACGUCCGUUCCGGGCACACCGGGCACUGGGCGCAUAGACCCAGAUCGGAAGCUUUUCCACCCUAUGACUUGCCGGCAUCGUAUGCAGGAAAGACGUGCGUUUAUAAAAAUCAUUCGCAUUUAUUUUGUCCUUUGAAUUAUUUUUUGAAUAUUACACCCACCACCUUAAAGACGAGAGGCAUCAAGUUCUACAUAGCAACCAACAUCACCGAAGUAUUGUUUUCACAAAAUGAUUACGGAGAGCAGUUCUGACGUUUGUUCCCAGACUCCAUCGGAGCCAAUGAGGAACCAGCUGGCAAUCAAAGUUAAACACUAGUUUGCUUUAGUGGGCAAACUAUCAGCUUUUUUUUGUUUUUCCUUAACGAAAGCAAAGGCAUUGAAACCUUUAACUGUGUACAAACAUGAAUAUUCUUGAAUAGAAAUCUGCCUUAAAACAAAACUGUACCGCGAUAUGUACGACUUUAGAGCUAAAAAAAUUAGAUUCUAUAUAUAUACACGUAUAUAUAUAUAUAUAUAUAUCUAUAUACAUACAUACAUACAUAUAUACAGUAUACAUAUAUAUAAAAGUUGAUACGGUAAUGCCAGUUCUGACACCAUGAGACUAGGAGAUACACAGGAAGACAGGGGGCUCUCGAAUGGACUUACCUUUACGGACGUAUCCCACAGAACUACGGUUUCCACUGUACUGCUUCUCCUCCACACUCAUUCUUUGCGUUGCGCUUGGAUCCGAAACCCUUCGCGUACCUGGAGAGCGCAAAGCAGAACUUCGGGCGUGUUCUCGUGUCUAAGGAAGAGAUGCAUCGUAGGAUGAGGAGUAAGGCCGAGGGCAUCGGUGCGAGGGCCGAGGGAAUCGCCGUGGCACUGAAAUGCAAAGAAACAUGGAAAUGCGAAGAGCGCGCGGUGCUGCCGUCGUUGUGUCGGCCAGUUCUGGCAGGCGGAGCUUCAUUUUGCUCUCUGAUGCAAGCGCUGACGCGGGGAUCGUUUUCACACUCGACACAGCGGAGAUAUUUUUGCGACUCUUUGCUACCGGUUCCUCCAAAAAAAGAGUGUCUUUUCUCACCUUAUGAAUAUCUUCCGCUAGAAAUUCAUUUGUGGGUUUGUGCGCGUGUCUCGGAUGGACUCCUCAGCGACGGUACGGCGGAGCAAGUUCCGGUCCCGCAGGUAACUUCUGCACCGUAAGAAUAAAGAGAUGAUUUAGGUCACAUGUACGGUGCAAUAUUCUCAAAGCUUUUUCAUGCUGGAGCGAAACAUUUUCCUACUCGGUUAUCAAGUCAGAACGACUUAGGUAAUGAGCAGGUUUGUAGCAGAACGGCGAUCCUGUAUGUGACUAAAUUUCUGUUAAGAAUAACCGACUGUUGCCAUGUUGUUGAUGUAGUUUUCCACAUUGUCGGAAUAUAAUUUCAAAGUUACAAGUUCAGGGAAUUUUUUAUGUGUUUGGUGUUUCGUGCUGCAGGAUCAUCAUUGGACACAAGCGCAUUUACUGUAACACCAGCACUCACAGAUGCUGAUUCUGUUUGGACCUUUGUGAUCGGUUGCCAUGGAAAGGGGAAGAAGGAACCGGUCAUGCUCAUGCCCUCGAUAAUAUUGCGCGUUCUAUAGAACAUGUAUUAUUGAAUAUGAUAUGUGAUACGUGGGUAAAGAACCCUAAACACCUACAUGAUAUCUGCUUGAAGAAACCGGACUUUCGUCGCCACGGCUCACGUCUUCAUAAUCCCAUCUCGCAUCUCUCGCGUCCUCCGACUCUUUCGGCUCCGUCGCGCGAUUGCGCGGACGCGAGAUGUACGAUGUGAGCGGCGAGUCCGAAUCGCUGACGUCUUCGCAAGCUUUGCGUCUCGGCCGUUUGACCUGGCUGCGAGCGGUAAGCCACGUUUCUCUGGUACGAGGGCCAAAUACGUUUAGUUGCAAAAGGCACACUUUGCAACACGCCGGCGAAAAGAAACAAAUUGUUUCACCGUCGUUUCCAAACUUCUGCGACUGCAGACCUACAAGCGAUGCAAAGUGCUCCACGCACGCCAGGUUGCCUCCAAAGCUCUCCAUUCCCAGGUAAAUGCACGUGCGUUUCAAACUAAGUCGUCUAGCGGCAGGAACACGGUCGUAGCAGCGUCUGGGGAAAAAGACUCCCCGUGAGGUAAACGGCAGCAGUUCACACAGACUCGCGGGACCUGGAAGCGGAGACGCCAGAGGGCCGCACCCGACCGGCAGUCUGCGACACCUGGAGAAUCGCGAGUGCGAAGCAAAGCCUGACUGAUGGACUUCCCAGAACUACUGCGCGAUCCCACGUGGGCGCGAGCUGGAGGUGGUCUCCGGGUGCGAGCCGAGCUGCGUUUUAGGUUACCGGGGCUCUCGGAACCGCGUUCAGAGCAAGGCUUAAAGCGUUCGUUUCUGGGACGAUUGCUGAAACGGUGGUUACGAGCGGAGCCGAACGCAAGCGGACCGGUACGUUGCGGUACGCGUAGGGGUAUAAUGAGGUUCAGUGUUGCUGUGCAGCGUUGCUCUUGUAUUCAUGACGUCAAAUACAUUUCUCCAUCAAUAUGAUUGUUUUCUUAAAGUCCCAAUAUAUGGGACUAUUUUUAUUAAUGCAACCCUUCAAAAUUUCAUUUUUGCAGGAACCUUGUGUACUGUAUGCUCUUCUAAAAUACUGUGAAAUAAAUCCUAACCAGAGUACGUUUUAUUUCUUUUAGACACAUCAUUUGUGCGUCUUUACUUUUGAUUCUUUCUUAAACAGCGGCGUCUGGAUUUUGACAACACAGGCUAUAGGAAUCGUGCCGAUACGUCAUCGAUUGUCAAUCCGUGCUGCUUCCAAGUUACGCACCAACAUUUGUUCGAAUCAAACGUUACAAUACCACACAC